AUGGAUGAGCUCCCGACCGUAGGCCUCGGCGCUGCGCGGGACGCGCACACCCAGGCAAAAGUAAGCCGUUUUGCUGCCUCUGACCUUGAUUCGUUGGUUAAAUUUCUAGUAUGUCGCAUCUUGGAGGCACACCGGCGUUCCUGCCGACUCUUCCGAGGUAAUGGAAGGACGAACGGCUCGUCCAUGCUUCACCAGCUCCCUCAGCCAGUGGAGGUGAACGAGACCUCAGAAAAAGAAAUGCAAGCUCCGCACCCUUGGCGAGUUCUAGUGGGAAUUGGUGGUAUUCCAGGGAGUGGCAAGUCUACUAUGGCGGGUAGACUUCAAGCUGCGCUUAACGGAGUAUCAAAGAGUCAAUUCUGUCAGUGCCUCCUCCCAGUGGAACCAGAGACAGACGUACACACAAGCCAACAGGAACUCAAACAAGAGAAUAUGGCACGAUCUCCCGUGGCUGUUGCUGUAGUUGGUAUGGAUGGUUUUCACCUAACACGUGCUCAGCUCGACGAGUUUCCUGAUCCAAAGGAGGCCCAUCGACGCCGCGGCGCACCGUGGACUUUUGAUCUAAGGGCGUUCUGGGAAGCGUUGCAAACGCUGAAGAUGAAAGCUGAGCCUGUAGUUUUUCCCACCUUUGAUCACGCUGCAAAAGACCCGGAUAGCCGUGGAUGCGUUGUUGCGACGUCCACGCGAGUCGUCCUUGUGGAAGGGCUGUAUAUAACUGCCACUGAAGAAGGCUUGUCGCAUCCUGGAACUUUCGACGUAACUGUCUUCAUUGAUACUCCCAAAACCAUCGCCGAGGACCGCGUGAUACAACGCCACGUUGCAAGCGGAAUAUCACGGGAUCGAGAAGAAGCCAAGCAGAGGUACUGCCCCACAAGAAUUGUUUCUGAAGAGUCUGAACCAUUUUUUCCCACUUUCGGAGCAAAACCGGAUCCCCUGGCUUUAUUACCCAUAGAGCCGCCAUGA